AUGUCCUUUGCUCAUCCUUCAUCUACUUCUAUUGCUACCACUCAUUCUACUGCCACUGCUGCACCAUUUAGUGAUCCAUCUUUGUAUAAAAGUGUAGUUGGAGUUUUACAAUAUGCCACAAUCACCAGACAAGAUAUAGCAUUUGCAGUUAACAAGUCUUUCCAGUUUAUGCAGUCUCCCACUGAAGUUCAUUGGACUGCAGUUGAGCUCAUUCUCAGGUACUUGCAGGGCACACUUGGCUAUGGACUGCAGUUUAAGCAACCUAGUUCUCUGCAACUUCAAGUAUUCUCUAAUGCAGACUGGGAUGGAGAUAUUACUGACAGACGUUCUACAAGUGGAAUGGCCAUCUUUAUGGGUCCUAAUAUCAUUUCUUGGUGUUCUAGAAAGCAGAAACAGUUUCCCAAUCAAUCACUGAGGCUGAGUAUCACGCUCUGGCUGAUGCUACUUUAG